CCGCGACGUCGACCGUCGCCUCAAACCGCAGUCCCCCGCGCUCACGCUCAGACAUACGCACCUGCGCACCGCAUAUAUCCGUGUAUCGUGUCGUCGUUGUGAUUUUUUAAGCAUCAAUAUUAUUACAUUUGUUUGUUUCGUACGAAAUCGUUUUCAACAAUCGCCGUAUUAAUUAUCUGUUUUGUUUUUUACGAUUAAUUGAAUUUAGCGAUUUUUACGGAUUUCACGUCGUUGUUGUCGCCACCGCCGCCGUGGUCAAAUGCAAUAACCUGCAGACGUAGGUGAAAGAUAAUAAUAUUGUUAUCCGCAUAAUUAUACCUAUGUAAAAUAUAUUAUAUUUACGCUUCGUGGGUAUUCGCGGGUUUUUUUGUUUUCAUUUUUGAUUCGAGUGCAGUUUGAUAAUAUCGUCGUAUAUUAAUAAUACUUAUACUCAUUACUCUGUGGUCGUCGUGUGUGCUUGUUGGAACCGUUUUCGAUCCAUACGCGAUAUUGUAAAUAAAUGUGUUGGGCGCGCGUCGAGUGCGGACUAUGAGCUGCACAGAGGUUAUGUAUCAGGCGUAUUAUCCGUAUUUGUACCAGAGGUCUUCGGGCACGGCAGCUCCGCCUACAAGGGCGCCGCAUCAUCACUUCGCACCGUUCACCCAAUAUGAUAGGUUGAGAGCGUUGGAAACGCACCAACAAGCGUCCACAUCUUCACCGAUUGGCGGCGGAGACUCUCCAGCGAAUAGAUGGACGACAAUUGCAGAUCAUACAGACUCACACCACAGCAGCGUCGGAUCCGGAGCAUCCAGUGUGGGCCCUGUUGGUGGCAUCGCCAGCCCCGCAUCCUCACCGGCCACUGCCAAUAGUGUUUCGGUAGUACACAAAGAAGAAGACACAUCCAGAGACGAUGUUCGCACUGAAAUGGACGAGGACGAGGACAACGUGCAGGACGACUCAAGAACGCGCGGGGACAGGCGUGCCGCCGCACACGCGCAAUACGUGUCUGUAAAUUGCGUGGUGUUCACCCACUAUACUGGCGACGUCGCCAACGUGGUAGACGAACACUUUUCCAGGGCGUUGAACAGCGAUCAAAAACUCAACAACGCUCAUCAGACGUCGACCAAAGAUACUUCCCCAAUGUCUUCCAGAAACUUCCCAGCGUCGUUUUGGAACAGUAAUUAUCACUCACAUCACUCCACUAGUCAAGUGUACCAUCCCGACACAAUGUACCAUCAUCAUGGUACUGCUGGUAAUCCCGCAGAUCCAUGGCAGACACAUUACCAACAAUAUACAGCUGCGGCUGCUCAUCACCAUCACAGGGCUGUGCACGAAUACCAUCACCACCAUAACAUGGCCGCCCAGUACGGCAGCCUACUACUACCGCCACCGACUUCGAGACUGGCGCCACCGCCGCCACCGCCACCUCCACCAUCUAGUCACCCACAUCCACACCAGUAUCACGGCAAAGCUGGCAUGGAACCGUGGCCCAACAGCGCCCAUCAUCCGGCCUUGGAUACUGGUGCGUCUUACUCGUCAUAUCCCACUGUUCCAGGUCUAGAAGCUCAAGUACAAGAAACGUCCAAAGAUCUAUAUUGGUUUUAAAUGUUUUGAUGAGAAUGUUUGUUAAAUUUCGGUAAAAUAUCAUUCUUCCGUUGUUAAUAUUGAAUAAGUGGUUUUUACGUAUAUAAAAAAUAUUAAUAGUUAUACUCAACAGUAAACACCUCAGCGAAUGUGUAACACCAUUUUCUAUAUUCUUAACACCUAACAUAAUUAGUCUUGGGUACCUAUGUAUCAGAACAAUUAUUUAAAGACGAUAAUACGAUAUAUUACGAUAAUAGUUAUUAAUUAUUAUUAAUAUGAAAUUAAGAUCACGACGAUAAACGCCAUAUUGAAUAAUUUUGCUUUGAAAAAACGUGUGUAUUAUAAUUAUAUAAGCCGUGUUGUUUGAUGUAGCGUAACUAGAAGUUAUUUACAAAUUAUAAGCAAUAGGUAUAUUAUAAGUAGUGCUAGUAAUUAAUAUGAUCACCAGAUUUUCAUUUAGCGGGUAUCCCAAAAUCUGGGUUAUUGGCAGUUAUAUUUUCCAACUAAAUAUAUUUAAAUUAAAUUAUUAUAAUUAUAUUUUAUUACUAGCAACUGAUUAUUACACAAGAUAUAAAUUAUACUGCUCGUUUAUGAAUAACAAUACAAAAUUUGACUAAAUUACAAAAAACGAUAUCAAAAAAUACGGAUAUCUAAAUUUUAAAAAAUCUAUAAUUUUUUUCAAAUGCUAUAAUAAUUUAUUACACAUAGCUAGUACAUGGGUGUCUCGACGCUUCUGCGGUCUCGGUCAAUAACUCAACAACUUUUCAAAUGUCUAAUUUUUUUGAUUUUUACUAUGUCCAACGACUAACGAGCAUGUCAAAACGCUUUUCGUACGAUCCUCGGCCUCCAGAAUGGUUGGAAAAUUAAAUAAAAAAAAAAAUAGAUGAAUAAUAAAUAAAUAGGUACACAUUUUAUUUUAUGCCGCAAAUAUGCUGUAGAAGUAUGUUUGAUUAACAUAUUAUACCUAUUAUAUUUAUUAUUUCACAAAAGUAGGACGAUCACAAAACUGACUAGAGACACUCUGUAUGAAGGUAAACAAAUAUAGAUUAAAAUAUAUAUAUGUAUAAUAUAUAUAUUCAUGUCCUAAUAAUCUAUACUCAUAAUAUUACAAUAUAAUGUUAAAUUAUUAUUAUAAUAAUUCUAAUAGUUAUACUCACAUUACUCACUAUAUAUAUAUAAUAAUUUAGUAGUGUUAUUUUUUAUUUGUAUACACUUUUUAACGAAUCCGUUUAAUUAAAUGUAUUUCAUAAUUUACAUAAGAUAUUUCAUUUUAUAUUAUUAUAUUAUUAUUAUUAUACUUUGUAAACUGUUAGAAUCGUGUGUUGAUGUGCAAUGUUAGAGUAGGUUCCUAUAUAAUAUUAUAGAAAAUAUUAUAUGAUAUUUACUCGGAUAUUAUUAUUAUCGUAUAUAUUAAUAUAUAAUAAUUGAUAACCUACCAAAGGUAUACUAUCGUAAUUGUAUAAAUAUAAUUAUUAAGACUUUUACUUAUGAUAUAAAUGUUGAACAAAUAUAAAAUAUGUAUCCCAAACGUAGAUACGAGAUCAAUAAAAUACUGAACCGUAUGAAAUACCUGCAAAAUA